AUGUCCAACUGCAACAAGCUUACUCCCAUUAUCUGCCCUUCAAUUCUCAGUGCAGAUUUUGCAACUCUGGCCGCUGAUUCCAACAAAAUGCUUGAAUUGGGAGCAGAUUGGCUCCAUGUAGACGUUAUGGAUGGGCACUUUGUCAAUAAUAUUAGCAUCGGACCACCAGUCGUGAAAUCUCUCCGAAAACACACCAAAGGAUUUCUUGAUUGUCAUCUCAUGGUUUCUCAUCCAUCGAAAUGGAUUCAUGAUUUUAUUGAAGCAGGUGCAGAUAAUAUUACCUUUCACUUUGAAUCGGAAAAUGGUGAUUUAGCCUCGGCACAACGUGUUCUCUCUCUCAUUCAAGAAGAAAACAAGAAACAAGGAAAAAACUGUAAAGCUUCCAUUGUCGUUAAACCUAAAACUCCUGUCGAUACUUUGUUUCCUUUGUUGGAUUCCAACUCGUCUUCUCAUGAAAUUUUCAUGGUUUUAAUUAUGAGUGUCGAGCCAGGAUUUGGAGGACAAGCUUUCAUGGCUGACCAAAUGGAGAAAGUGAGAGUCUUGAGAGAGAGAUAUCCUACGUUGAAUAUUCAAGUGGACGGAGGUAUUAAUGAAGAAACAGUGAUGGAAGCUGCAAAAGCUGGUGCCAACGUUGUGGUGAGCGGAUCUGCCAUUUUCAAAUCUUCUAAUCCACAACAUACCAUGCAAGUGAUGCGAGAAGCAAUUCUCCAUCACGUUUAG